AUGGAGUCAUCUCGCGAAAUCGGUGCGUCCGUCCUCGGAAAGAGGUCGCACCAGGUCGACACUUCGGAUUCCUCGCUUGCAUGCGAUAUUCAAAACAUUGCGAACCUCCCCACGCCCGAUUCAACGCCGAAUCCAAAGCGUGCUAAGACCACAACGACCGUCCUCGACGGUGAUCACAAUAAGGAGAACAUCGCUCCCUUCAUGCUCCAGCCAAUCAAUGGCUCCCCUUCCACCUCCCGCCUCACUCGCUCCCUUCGGCGAACGAGUACGAUGGUUGGGGGUACCUCCACGCGUUCUCCUAGCACGCCUCGGAGAUAUGCGUCAACAAGCGACCUCCGCCAGGCCGCGGUCUCAGCCGCGACUCCGGCUUCGUCCUUGUCCCUUCUCUCCUUGGCGACGCCACCGCCCACUCCUCCUACAAGCCUCCUUCCUAUCCAUGUCCGUGCUCGGGCGCUGCUUCGACCUACUUGCAAUGAUACGCCACAAUUUGCGGGGCGUGCCUCGGAAAGGCAGAAGAUUGAAUCUUUUCUCAUCAGCUUCCUUGCGGACCAAAUCGAGACGGAAGUACCUUCAUCGCUCUACGUAUCGGGCUCGCCUGGCACUGGCAAGACCGCGUUGGUCAACGCUGUCCUGGCCGCGAUGGAAGCCAAGCUCCAGGCCCAGGGAAUCCGGGUGCUGUCAGUCAACUGUAUGGCGUUGGCCGGUGUCGACGCAGUGUGGCAGCGGCUUGCAGAUAUCCUUGGGAGCGGCUGCAAGGCCUCCGGACGAGGAAAGAAGUCGAAGCAGACUUCCAAGCAAGUCGUCGAGAAGGCUUUGACAGCGUCGAAGCAGAAGUGCAUUGUCAUACUGGACGAGUUGGAUCACAUCGCGUCCUCUACGCAAGCAUUGGCCCCCCUGUUUACGCUGGCCAACACCUACUCGUCCCGUUUGCGACUUGUCGGCAUCGCUAAUACCCACACACUUACCGCCUCCUCAUGCACAACCUUUUCGGUGCAGUCCAUGGUCGGUGUGGAGACCUUGCACUUCUCACCAUACACCCCGGAGCAGUUGCUUGAUAUUCUCAAGACGCGACUUGCUCCCUUGUCCACUGGGGAAGAUCCGAACUACGCGGAGCGUGCGAAGAAGUUUUUGCCCCUGCCCACGAUGACUCUGCUGUCAAAGAAGAUUGCGGCUCAGACGGGGGAUGUUCGUGCGGUCUUCGAGGUCUUGCGCGGAGCCAUUGAUAUCGCCGUCACCGGUGUUUCCUCUCAAGAUCCCCUCAACGUACCUACGCCUCCGGUCACUCCAGGCCACAUCCUCGCUGCCCUGAAGGCUUAUGCGCCUGCUGGCAAGACAGCUCCAUCACAAGUCGCUCCCUCGACGCCAUCGCUUCCUCGCAAGACCAGUGACAGCGAAACCGUCACUAAGAUCAGGGAACUUGGACUACAGCAGCGCCUUGUUCUUCUGGCCAUGCUGCUUGCCGUCAAGUCGGCCGAGGUCAACGUAUCGCUCAACGGGUCUUCUCCGAGCCAGUCGCCGGCGCGCUCUGGGCUGAAGCGUUCUCAAUCCAUCGCCGCUGUACAACCGUCUCCCAUCAAGCAGAGCGGCUUCGAGCUGGGACAACUCCACGCGUUCUACAGUGGGAUCCUUGGUCGGGUCGAGAACGGAGUAUUCAACGCCGUAUCUCGGAGCGAGUUUGGCGACCUCGCUGGUGUGCUCGAGGUCGUCGGCCUCUUCACUCUGUCGUCCUGCGCGAGCUUGCCGUCGACGCCCCGCAAGCCCGGCAAGAAGGUUUUCGGUCGCUCGGCCUCAUUCGCCGGCGGAAACCAGACAGCACAGGAGGUCCGCUUUGUUGACGGCGUACGUCUUGACGAAGUCGCGCGUGGACUGGGCCUCGGCAUCGACGACGCUCCGGCUGACGCUCGUGAAGAGGAGGUCCGUGCCGUGUACCAGCGCGAGCAGGCUCGUAUCGCGCGUGAGGCAAAGUCUCACAACCAGACUCACCGCGUCGACGUUGCCGGAUUCGAGGAGGCCAUGGAGGACUAAGGUGGUCCUAACCCUUCUCUGCAUCGCCCCGGACGUCCGCAACGCUGCAUCUUUCUGUUUUCAAUUAUUUCGUUCCAUUAUUCCUCCCCCAUGCAUAUAUGCUCGACACACUACCCAUGCUCGUUCCCUGCUGAUAUCCACAUCCCCCAUCGUCUAUGUCUGUUCUGCAUCGAUUUGUCCAUAUCCAUUGUCUCAUGAAUCAUGUCACGUCCCAGGAUCCUCACGCAUACCAGUGCUCUGUCUCAGGAUCCAAGUGCCACCAGUAGUUGUAGUACUCUCGCUCUGUAGUUUAGCAGUAACCCCCGUAGUCGUAGUUUUGUCACAAGCCCUCGUUUUGUACCCAAGCAAUCAAGCAAUAUAUCGAAGUUAC